AAAAAAAUUUGCUCGACAUACAUAUCUAGUCUGGAGUAUGUAUGUACAUAUUGGCUAUAUUGUCUUUUGUAAAGAGGCAGGACCCAAUAACCAAAAAAGACGGAAGGAAGAUUCACUUAUUACUAUAGAUAUCACUAAUAUCUGUCAGUAUCUUUUCAUCGAUACGUUUAUCGGAGGUACGAAGGGUUGGCAAAUAUUAUUACUAUUUACUUUUUCAAAAAUGGCUACUACUGAUGAUGACACAAUAAUAGAUCAAACUUUAUCGGAGAGAUUGUUAGAGAAAGGGCGAAAGUCACCAUUUCUUGUUGCAAGUUUGAUAAGUUUAGCGGGUAUCUGUAGCUAUGGUGCCUAUGCUUUUAAGAAGAAAAAGAUAUCUACACAAUUAUAUUUAAUACAACUUCGAGUUGCUGCACAAGGAACAGCAAUAGCUUGCUUAACAAUAGGGAUGGGAUAUCAUAUGAUAAAGAAACAUAUUUUGCACGAUGAGAAUGAACCAUAAUGCUGAAUGUUACAUUAAUAGUUUAAUUAUUAAAUUAAACUAUUUAUUAAAAUAGCUAUUUAGAAAUAAAAAAAGAUAUGUAGUCACAAUUUAUGAAAAAAUAUAAUAUAUGUAAUUUAUUUUAUUACAAUACUUUACUGAUAUAAAUUCUGCAUCCAACAAUA